AUGCAGCGUACUUCCAGACUGGCCGACAUUGCCGGCCGCGGUUCGGCACAGAGACUCGGACAGGUCAAGAGGCAUUUCAGCACAUCCAACGCUCUUCGAAAAGCAAUCCAGGAUGCAUAUAUCCUCGGGGCUGCAAGGACACCAACAGCCAAGUUUAAUGGUCCCUUCACCACAGUCCCAGCGCCGAAGCUUGGUGCGGAGGCAAUAAAGGCGGCCAUCAGCAAAUCCAAGGUCCCCGUCGAGAAGAUCACUGAUGUCUACAUGGGCAACGUCCUCCAGGGGUCGGUUGGACAGGCUCCUGCGAGACAGGCGUCCAUCUUCGCCGGACUCCCCACCACUGUUGAAGCCGUCACCAUCAACAAGGUCUGCGCCUCAGGUAUGAAGGCCGUCGUGAUGGCCGCACAGAACAUCCAGCUCGGUCUCGCCGAGGCCCAGGUCGCUGGUGGCAUGGAGAACAUGUCUCGCGUUCCUUACUACCUCCCCCGCGCGAGCCAACAGGCUCCGUUUGGAGACAUGAAAUUGGAGGAUGGCCUAGUCAAGGACGGCCUCUGGGAUGUCUACAACCAGUUUCACAUGGGCGUCUGUGCCGAGAACACGGCCAAGAAGCAUGGCAUCACCAGGGAGCAGCAGGAUGCCUAUGCCAUUCAGUCCUACGAACGUGCCCAAGCAGCCUGGAAGGAGAACAAGUUCGACGACGAAAUCACCCCAGUCACCGUCAAGUCCAGAAAGGGCGAGGUUGUCAUCUCCAGGGACGAAGGGUUCGAGGAUCUCCGUGCGGAUAAGAUCCGCAACUUGAAGCCUGCCUUUGUCCGCGACGGCACCGGCACAAUUACCGCCGGAAAUGCCUCUACCUUCAACGACGGCGCCUCUGCCCUCGUCAUCACAAAUGAAGCCCUCGCCCGUGAGUACGGGUCUGGGAACCGUGUCCUAGCCCGUAUCGUCUCCCAUGCUGAUGCCGCCAUUGAUCCUGUCGACUUCCCCGUAGCCCCAGCAAAGGCAGUGCCUAUUGCCCUGGAGCGAGCCGGGCUUACCAAGGACCAGAUCUCCGUCUGGGAGUUCAACGAGGCCUUUGCUGCUGUUAUCAAGGCUAACGAGAAGAUCCUCGGCCUCGAGAACGCCUGCGUGAACCCUGUUGGAGGUGCCAUUUCUAUCGGCCACGCCCUUGGAAGCUCCGGUUCCCGUAUCCUGACCACUCUCCUUCACCAACUUCAACCUGGCCAGUAUGGCCUGGCGGCUAUCUGCAACGGAGGCGGUGCCGCCACAGCCAUCGUCGUCCAGAGACUAGAGAAGGUCGAGUAA